AACAGCACGAAGCGUACUUAGCAACUGGGCAGAUAACAUAGAGGCAGCUGUCGGGAGCCAAGGCCGUGCGGAGGACCGGCAGGGGAAGAGAGGUGGAAGCGGCCAUGGCCACUCUGAGCUUAAAGCCGGGCCAGAGGUUCACCCUUCCGGACUGGCAUACCAACCUUGACCUCCUGUCGACCAACGCUGAGCGGCAGCGCUUCGCUUCCCACCAGAUCAGGCAGGAGGGCCGGAUCUUACGCAACGAAACCAAUAACCAGACAAAAUGGGAUGAGCACGACAACCGCACGCGUCUUAAUGAACGGAUCGACUGUGUGAACCAAUGGAAGGAAACGCUGGACAAAGCCCUCACUGAUAUUGACACAGAAAUCAAUGCUUUGACUCAGAUGAAGGAGCAGGCCGAGCGGGCCCUUCAGGCAAAGAACUUGCCCCUAGACGUGGCUAUUGAAAACCUCACUCUUCGGGAGAGCCGCCGAGCCAUUGACGUGGUGAGAGACCCCGUGGAGGAAGAGCUGCACAAAGAGGUGGAGGUGAUCGAUGCCACCAAGCGAGACCUUCAGCAGAAAGUGAGCGAGGCCUUUGAGCAGCUCUGCCUAUUGCAGGAGGCCCGCCAGCAGCUGAACAUGGACCACCGGGGGAAGAUGGAGGCCCUGGAGAUUGACCGGACCUGCGUUUCUCUCAAUGUCAAUUCUCCCAAUAUCUCAUACAAAGUCAAUCCCACCCGAGUGCCUGUCGGAUCCAUCACUCCCGAACAGUGGGACCAGUUCAGCCAGUACAACAAGGACCGAGCAGAGGCAGAAUUGAAAGCAGCCGCCGAAUUACGGGAAGCCAUCGCCCUCACCAUUGCCCAGACAGACAAUGAACUGGAAGGCCAGCGCGUGGCCACGGAAUUUGCCUUCCGGAAGAGGAUUCACGAGUUGGAGAAGGCCCUUGACGAACUCAGGUGGCAGGAAAAAAAUAUUCUGGAAGAAAUUGCUGACAUGGAAGAGGACAUCCGACGUCUGGAAGAAGACCUCCGGCGUAAGGUGUGGAACCUAAAACUGGCCCACACCCGCCUGGAGACCCGGACGUACCGUCCUAACAUGGAACUUUGCCGUGACCAGGCUCAGCAUGGAUUGACAGAUGAGGUCCACCAGUUGGAAGGCACCAUCGCGGCUCUGAAACAGAAAAUGGCACAGUCACAGGAUGCUCUGGAUGCGCUCUACAAGCAUCUGUCCCGCAUCCAGACCGACAUUGGCUACAAAGCCAACUCCCUGCUCCUGGAUAACAAGUGCAUGGAUGGCAGGCGGAAGCUGACCGUCCCCGCCGAGAAGUUUGUGCCCGAGGUCGACACCUUCAACCGAACCACCAACCGCACCCUCUCGCCCCUCAAGAGCCGGCAGCUGGAGCUGGCGUAACGGGACGGCGUGGGACGCGGCCGUCCUACAAGUGACACUCCUUGGGAAGAGGGGCGUAUCCCAGCCCCUCCCCGUUGACUCGUCACCCGUGCGGUGGCAACCCCUCUGUUGAGUUCCCAUGACUUGAAUUGCCUCCUUUGUUUUGACUCUUGUAGCUUUAAAACUCCAAAAGAAAUACAGUACUUGAAUAAACGAA